AUGGCCGGAGAACAACAUAGCGAUCACAGCCGUCCCCUCGUCAACUACAACAUGGACGACGGCCCGCCAUCCCAUGAGGCGGACGUUCGGGACGGUCAUCCAUCCACCCCGUCUCCAGAGCCCCAAAACAACGGAGAUGUCCCUCACGCCCACAAUUUAGGGGCAGAGACAUUUCAUCCCAUUCCCGUUCCCGUUGAAGGAGACGCCGUAAUGAUUGCCAUGGUGAAUGCCCUCAAUCAGGCCGGUUCUAUGCUCCACCAGCAGCACGAACGAAUCAUGGCCCUCGAAGCCGAACGACAAGAGGCCCGGCCCCAGCCGGUGAGUAGGAUACAACAACGUCCGGAGCCAACAAAGAAGCGAGGACGUCGCUCUCCCGAACCCCACGCCAGCAGGGCACGCGCCCAUCGUGACGGUGGUCGAGCGAGAACAUCACCAAGGCGCGGGCACAGCCCCGACAACAACGAACUGUCUCCCUUAAGGAGCGACGAGGAUGAUUUGCAUUGCCCCCUAUCUCGGGCAAUAAUGGAAGCCCCGCUCCCCAAAGGCAUGGAGAAACCGCCAAACCUAGCUGUGUACGACGGGACUACAGAUCCCGACGAUCACGUCGACAACGUCAACGCGAUGCUCGACUACCGCAAUGAUAUAACCGGGCACCUCAAAUGCCGACUGUUCUCAACGACCCUCAGGAAAGGGGCCAUGGCCUGGUACAAAAGCUUGGCCCCUGAGUCCAUUACGUCAUGGAGAGUCAUGAGGUCCAUGUUCACCCGGCACUUUACAGCUUCCCGUCGUCACCCCAAGACUGAGGCGACCCUUGAAGCCAUAGUGCAGAAGAAGAAUGAAACGCUGCGCUCAUACAUCGAGCGAUUCAACCAGGAAGCUGUCGAGGUAGAUACCACCGAGCACAUGAAGAAGUAUCUCCUCGAGAGAGGUCUCUUACCCGGCAGUGAACUUAGCAGAGCCGUAGGGAUCGAGCCUCCCCGCACCUUAAACGAGCUCCUGCAUAAAGCCCAGGCCUACAUCAGAUACGAGGAAAAGCAGGUGGCACACAAUGCCCGCAGCGGACGUAACGCUGGGGAGACCGAGCACUCAAAACGCGAGGACACGAGCAUUUCCCGUCGCAACGGAGACAGACGAAGAGAAGAAAGACCUCGCGAGCUCCGGGAAGGAAGAGGCCCCGCGGGCAGAUAUAGCGAGUACACCUUACUGACGGCUCCUCGAGAGCGUAUCCUCGCAGAAUGUAUCAACUCUGAAUUUAAGCAGGGCAGGGUCAGGUUCCCAAAACCGUCUGCACCAAAGCCCCACACCGACAAAUCAAAGUACUGCCGGUUCCACAGAAGUCACGGACACGUGACCGAAGACUGCGUCCACCUGAAAGAUGCGAUUGAAAUUUUAAUCCAAGAAGGGCACCUGAAGCAGUACACGAGGAAGAACGAAGCUCCCAGACACGACGAGCCAGAGAAGAAGAGACCCCGGGAAAACACACCCCCCGACAACUCUCCCUAUCAAGUGGCCCUCUGCGUGUCACGACCGGAAGAUUUCUUCCCCCCCGAACCAUUGCCCGAGGGCAAGAUCACUGCACUCAGCCCCUGGGAAGACUUCCCUACCACACUGGUGAUAUCAGGAGGAGGAACUAACGGGGAAUCCGCGGCCCUCUCCGUCAAACGCAAGUUCGACGAACUCCUACUGACUGCCCCCGAGCAGAAAGCGACAUUGACAAAAUACCGGGGAAAAUCCAACCCAAUAUCCUUCUUCCUGGAGGAACUCCCGGGCGGAUCCCCGAACUCGGCCAUCCCACUAUUGAUUAGAGCAAAGAUGGCCAGAUUCGACGUACGACGCAUCCUGGUCGACGAAGGCAGCUCAGUGGAUAUCAUGUACGUCCACCUCUUCAAGACUCUGAAGCUAGACAAGACCAACUUAGCCCCCUACGUCGGAUCAGAUCUCCAAGGAUUCAACGGAGCAACAACCAGACCGUGGGGAUAUGUUGAGCUCCUCGUCACUUUCGGCGAACAAGAAACGGCCAGGGAAGUCAAAAUCCAAUUCCUGGUCGUAGACUGUCCGUCUCUCUACAAUUGCAUCUUUGGACGCCCGACGCUGGCCGAACUCACUGCGGUCCCAUCCACCGUCCACCUGAAGAUGAAAUACUACACCAAAUUGGGACGUGUGGUCACCAUCCAUGGUGACAUCGAAGCAGCCCGGCGAUGCUACGACGCCGCAGUAAAAGGACAGGCCGUAGUCAGCACGAAGAGCAACUGCAACAACAAAAAACUCAAGACCGAGGAUCCUGCCCGAGGAGUCAACGCCAUCGACCUCGACUGUCGCAUCGGGCUGGACGAGACCGGAGAGGGGAGGUUCCCCAAGGAACGCUCUCUCGAACACCCGGUCCGACCAAUCCCCGACGGGGAGUUCGAACUCAUUCCUCUUGGGGACGAUCCGGAAAGGACGGUGAAGAUAGGUAAGGGACUACCCGAGGAAACAAGAGAAGAGCUAGUAGCAUGCCUCAAAGAGAACUCCGACCUCUUCGCGUGGAAUGCCGCAGAAAUGCCCGGGCUGGACCCCGAGAUCGCGUGUCAUAAGCUAGCUGUAGACCGGGCAGCCAAGCCCAUAGCACAGCGUAGACGCAAGCAAUCGCCCGAAAAGGCAGAGGCUGCCGAGCGAGCUGUAAAAGACCUCUUAGAGGCAAAUUUUAUUUCUGAAGCCCAGUACACAACCUGGCUCUCUAAUGUAGUCCUCGUUAAGAAAAAUAAUGGAAAAUGGCGUAUGUGUGUUGAUUAUACUGAUCUUAAUAGGGCUUGCCCGAAAGAUGCUUUCCCCCUCCCUAAUAUAGACUCGCUCGUUGACAACUCUGCAGGUUUUAAACUCUUGUCCUUCAUGGACGCAUAUAGUGGAUACAACCAGAUCCCUAUGUCGCCCGCAGACAAGAAACACACAGCGUUCAUGACCCCAACGGGCAAUUACUACUACAACGUGAUGCCGUUCGGGCUCAAGAACGCUGGCGCUACAUACCAACGCAUGAUGAACAAAGUCUUCAAGGACGAAAUAGGGGACAUGCUCGAAGUGUACAUGGACGACAUGAUCGUCAAAUCACACGAGGAGGUAACCCAUGCUCGACACCUUACGAAGGUAUUCGAGCAGGCGAGACAGUGUAAAAUGAGGUUCAACCCCGAGAAAUGCACGUUCGGAGUCCGGGCAGGCAAGUUCCUCGGUUUCUAUCUCACCGAAAGAGGGAUCGAGGCCAACCCCGACAAAUGCCGGGCAUUCUCGGAGUUUCCGACCCCAAAAACCAAAAAAUCGAUCCAGUCACUCAAUGGAGUGCUCGCCUCACUCUCCCGUUUCAUCGCCAAGUCCGCCCAGCACGCAUUGCCAUUCUUCAGACUCCUUCGCAAAGAGGCUACCUUUGACUGGACCGAUGAAUGCGAACAAGCGCUACUCCAUCUAAAGAAGGUUCUGUCCCAACCCCGGUCUUAUCACGGCCAUCAGAAAAGGAAACCCUAUACUUAUACCUAUCCGUGGCAACCGAGGCCGUCAGCGCCGUUCUAA